GAUAAAUUGUAUUUUUUGUUUAAGAUGUAACUCUGCUGCUGUAAUCUUUAUUUUAUUGUUGAACAGCUUGGCCAACGUUUUUCUGAAACCGCUUCAACCCAACACGCUUAACCUGGAUGUUACAAGCAGAUCUCUUACACAACUCUCGGGCAAGAAAGUUCGAUCUAGUCAGCCAAUCGAUCGAACAAGGAGGAAUUGCCUUUAGCGUCAGCUCUCCCAGCCUUGGCUCAGUCAGUCACUUAUACUUCCAGCUUCAAAGUACACUCGGCCUAGUUCCCAGCAUUUUCUAUUCGAUUGCCGGGAUAAAAACAACUGGAAGUCCACACGAAACAAGAUGCCCAAAGCGACCACCGAGCGUCGCAAUGCGGAAGCCACGCCCUAUACACGCCCAGUUCCAGCUGCCCUCCGGUACACCAGCGGGCGCGUUUUGCAUUCCGUCUACUGCCCAAAGCCUAUUGCUGUCAGAGCCGGAAAAGGAACACUAACCGAAGGAUCGGUUAAAGGCGCUGGAAAGGCAUCGCUGCCUCGCUUGAGGAAUUGCAACAUGCCCAAGAUUUUGAAAACCUUCGACGUCUAUGCCAAGCUGUCCUCGCAGACUAUUGGCAAGGCAUCCAAGACCACUGAUCGUAGGUGGGUCAAUCCUCCGUAUCCACUCUAUCGGCCGAAGACCAAGAACCGAAGUGAAGGACCGUGCAAUUACGCUACCUUUUACGUGCCCCUAGACGAUGAUGGUCAGUGCAGUGAUAGCAACAAUUUCAAUGCCGGGAAUGCGAAAGCAGUGGAAGCCAAGCGUAGGCAAAUCUAUAUAAACCGCUGGACCCAAUUGGAAGCGAACCAGGAAGUGCUCAAGGAGGAACAGCCGCCCUUCAUGAAGUUUCCCUGCCUGCUGCCGGCGGGCGAGCGGCAUUCGCUUAAAGUGGAGACGAAUAACGACGAAAUGAUCAAACUCAUAGUUGAGAUGAAGGAGAUCCGGCGGCAACUGGGCAUUGGAUAUGAUUCUCCGUUGCCGUCUGCGCCUCAAUUUGACGAGGAACAACAGCCGCCGCCGCUGAUGCGGAGCCGCACACGGACUUAUUUCUCGAUUUACGACUGUCCCCACCCGAAGCUUUACGAGUAUAUCAGACGUUUGCCCCAUGCCUCGACUUCAAUGACUCAUAUUCCGACCAAGCAAAACUGUUCUGGGAUCUCAGCGGAGUCUUAGUUUAGAGCAGUCCUCAUUCUACGUGUUUCGUUAUCCGUUGCAGAAUGUUCGUGAUGUAUAUGCAGCCGAUCCGAUUCCUUGCGACAAGUAAAAGUUCCCCCUGCAAAGUUAAAUGGGACAGUCUAUUAAGCUUUCGCCCUGGAUAAAAAAAAAUUCAGACGGC